CAAAUGUGUACUGUGACAGAUACUGUUGAUUUUUUAUUCUUAUUUUUUGAAUAAAAUAAGCGUGAAAAAUGACGGAUUCAUUUCCAGACAAAACUGAAACGGGUCAUGAAUCAGAGGAAGCGUCGGAAAAUGGUAGUGAGCUAUUUGAACAUCGUAAUCCGUUUGAGUUCAUGAAAAUCGAUGAUAAUCAAUUUCUGAAUGAAAUCGAUGGUCGAACGGCAUGCCCAAAGUGCUUGAAAUCAAGGAAAUUCUUUUGUUACAACUGUUAUGUGCCCACUGGCAUAGAAGGACGAUAUCCAAAGGUAAAGUUACCCGUACAAAUCGAUAUCAUCAAACAUAAACAAGAAAUUGAUGGCAAAAGCACAGCGAUACAUGCAGCAAUUCUUGCGCCUGACAAUGUCAAUAUAUACACAUACCCCGAUAUUCCCGAAUACAAUUCUAAUGCCCAGGAUGGAACAAUUUUGAUAUUUCCUACACACAACUCGAUUCAUGUGGACGGAAUCUUUGAUGGUCAUGUUCGAUUGGAAAAUGUUGAUGACAUAAAACUGCCUCCAGGAUUUAAUCAAACCGUAUUGUUAAAGCGACGUCUCAAUGAAAUAGCUGACAACGAAGAAGAGUCCCAUGAACGAAUCAAUUUCAAAUAUACGCUAGAUAAUCUACCCAUAAAAAAAGCUGUGUUCAUUGACAGUACAUGGCACCAGUGCAAGAGUAUCUUCAAAGAUCCUCGAAUAAACAGUAUGCGAACGGUUGUACUACAGAAUCGUUUAUCACAAUUUUGGCGUCAUCAGAGAGGCAGCCCGAGAUGGUUUCUCGCGACCAUUGAAGCGAUUCAUCAAUUUCUUCUGGAAGUUCAUAUCAACGCAUGGGGGUUGGAUCGAUCAUACCAAGCAUUGGGACCACUUGAAGUGCAAACCGAUUUUAUUCGUAAUGAAAUGAUCUUCGAAACCAAUCAACAAAUUGAUUCUGAGAUGGACGAUAAGUCGUCUAUACUUUGUCCAUACAAUGGGCAAUACGAUAAUUUAUUCUUCUUUUUCACUCAUAUGUAUCAUCUGAUCCAUAGCUUCUAUGAUCAUAAUGCGCUAAUGGCCUAUAGACGACCAGUACUGUAAAACAAAUUUCAUUUCAUUCUAUGUUAUGUGAUGGAAUAAAUUUAAAUUUAUGUACGAAA